CCUGGGUUUAUAAGCGCGGAUAUCGACUCUGCAGCAUGAGCAUGCUUUUGCUACACGGUCGAUAGCGCACUGGACUUCGGGCUAGAAGGUCGAGGGUUCGAGACCUACUCCCUGCUGUUUCAUUACAGUAUCUUCUGAAGGGGGGAGUUUUGUUAAGACCCUCCGCAGACACUUCGCUUUAAAGUUAACACUCAUCUCUUGCGGUGCGGUAAUGGAAACAAGGAAUGUAUAUUUCAUAUUAGUAAACAAAAGUUGAAAUGACUACACACCUUUGUAGGGUUAGGGUUCCCACACGACCACAUUUCCAUCUUACAAGGCUUUUUUUUAACGGAAAACAAGAGUGGACUACCUUUGCUAAUUAUCUAUAUGCGUCUCCUAACACUGUACACGGCAGGUGGACGCCACAAACGUGACUGCAACUGUGUUAUAACAGGUUAAAACAGUGUGCAGUAAGUGUGUAUUUUUGCAUUUGUGGAUUUUUUUUUUUAAUAUGAAAGUAGAGUACCGCAAUUGAGAAUCGAUGUAUGUUAGAUGGAGUUACUUUAGGCACCAUUAUUGGGCUAGGAGCUGACCAGCUCUCCCGGAAAAAAGGCAGUAAUUGGAACGUCUCAAUGAGCCACGUGCGUUCUAAAAAGCAUCACAAUGGAUUAUUAUUUUUUCCGGCACAUGCAUUUGGAGUCAUAAAUUCUUUGUUGUUUUCUUCAGCAAGGAAACCUUUUUAGUACUUCCAACAGAUCUCUGUAACUAGAUUUGAUUAAAGCAAGAUAUCCCGCCCCAUGGGGUGAGUCAAAGCUACAAUAAUUACGUGCUUUGUGAGGUCCACUGUAAAAGCUAAAAUGGACACACUCAAAGAGCAAUGGAAACCCAACGUGGGAACCCUCAAAGCUUCACAGCAUCCGUCCACUCUAUCUAAAGGAGGUCAUAGAUGCACUGCAAGAAAGCGAGAGCCCACAAGCCGUGCUCUCACAGCUUUGUAUGGAGACCCAAUGAAAGAGCUGAAGCAGUUGAGUACUCACUCAAACAUCAUUGGGACUUCAUGCUGCAACCGGAGGAUGCAAAGGCUGUCGCCAGCAAGAAAAAAGAUGAGAUACUGGUGGAAGUGAGGGCAGUGAUGAUAUCCAGCAUCACUGGCAACAUCGAGAGAACCCGAAGGAAGGAGAUGGAUAUUGCCCAACGCAACAUAGAUGAGGCGGAGGGGCGGUACAAGGCAGAACUAACUACCUUGAAGGAGUCAACACAAGCGCUUGAGACUCUGCUGGACAAGACCAUCAGGGACCUCCGUACAGCAGUAGCCGAUAAGCAAGUAUAUAUGGAUGACCUGGAAGAAACAAGGGCAGCAUUUCAACAUUUCAUCAAUCAGCAGUUUAAAGAAUUGAAGCCUGAUCAAGCUGACUUUAUCCUACCGUCAAAGAAAUGUACAGGUUGAAUGAUAAGUGAACGAAUAGAAGCCCAGAAAAACAUGCGUCUCUUUGGCUUAUCACAAUUGGUCAACUGUAAUAAAUCUGAUUAUCCACAUGCUAUUUGUUUGUGUAAUAAUUGCAGUAAUUUUGUCGGUUUGAUAUCUGAUCGUGUGAUUAUGCCAGGCAUCACAAGUACCUGUCAUAUAGGCAGGUCACAUGUUGAUUUCAACAACAAAACUUUGGUACGUAAAAGUUUAUUUUAUCAUCUUUAAUGCCAGGAAUGAUUUACGUUGUCAUUAGGAUGAACUGUGUUACAUCUCUUUGAAAUAAUCUGUGCGUGCAUUUAUUGUUCAAUGGUUUAUUUUAUUAGCAUUGCAUGAUCAUGAAUCUCAAAGUAAUAAAAUAUAAAUACAGCAUUGCAUUGAUUGCCAUCAGUUCACAGAAUGUUAACAGCUAUGCAUCUCUCCAUGCAAGUCACGUUCUCGUUAUAUUUCCCCGCCCUCCGAUAUUUGAAGUUAUAAAUGAGGGCUUGCAGCAUCCACUCAAUGGAAUUGUUCAACCGCACGAUACCCUGUUCGGAAUGAACUUAAUAUGGCGGAAACAAGUGGACUAGAUCCCAAGUCUCUUGUCCAACCGACACUCAAAUAUAAUGCUGUCUUUUAGAUUGUUUAGAUAGGAAAUAUGAGGGGAUCGAUUCUAAAUAUUUUUCUCGCAUUCCGGCAGGAAAAAUAACAACGAAAGCUCCAACAUUUGGAAAGGACUGUGAGAACCCCACAAUGAGCCGCCGCCACGCAACAGAAUUCCAAGGGGCCUCCCCCUCCCUACCGCUGCCUCCAGAUCAUGUGUUGAACUCGGGAGCAGUAGUUUUCCCUGGUGCCUUUGAUCAGCAUGGAUGUUCUCUGGUCAUGUUCCCUGUGGAUUCUCAUGGCAGUCUUUCAGAUCUAAGCAAAUCUGAAGUGGUUGACUUCAUACACUACUUUCUCUGUUUGUACAAUAAGAAACAGGAGAAGGAGAGCUUGGUUUCAGUUGUGGCUGAUUUGAGACAAGCCACUCUUAAUACAACAAGGUUCAUCGCUGAAACUCUUCUUCUCCUUGAGCUUCAUAGGAGGACUGUGCACACUGUAUACAUAAUUCAACCGAAAAAGAAAGAUGUUCUGAAACUUUUGUUGAAACUGCUCGUACCGUCAAAGUCUUAUGUUGCUCCCUUUAAGAGAGUUCUGCUGAAAGGGGUCUUUGACCUUUCCAACUACAUUGACAGAAGCCAGUUGACUGCAUCUUUAGGAGGCUACCUGGUUUACUGUCAUCGGAGUUGGGUUACCUUUAUCAAGGAGAUAGAUGGCUUUGUCCAGGAGUUUCUCUCGGUGGUCCAGAGGCUCCCGUCCUCCAUCUCCACCCUGCAGACCCUCUCCAGACAGCCUGUCCCCUCUGCCUUCACUGAGCUGAAGACCUUCUGUUACACCAACGAGGCCAAGUUCCAAAUGCUUCGGCAGGAGCUGGGGUUGGAUGAGCUGCUAAAGCACUGUGAGUGUGUGGUGGAGAAGAUGCGCUACCCUGAGAAGAACUCGUGCUAUCAGGCCAUGGCCGGGACAGCCCUCUUCACCAACACAGCCUUCGACAUGCUGCAGAACUACAGCAGGAUAACUGUGGCUGUGGAAAAAAUUGAGUUGCUGUGGCAACAGGCCUUUUCCAAGGCCCACCUCCAGCUACAGGUCUUCCAGCUGCGUAAUGAGGCACAGCAGAUAACAGAACAGAUUAAAAGCCUUCAGAAAGAGAAGCUCCAGCCUUACAGAAUAGAGAUCUCUAAAGAUGCCAGAAGGGCUGAGAUGUUAACGUCAGAAUUUGAGGCAUCGAUCUAUACCCCUGCCAUGGCCCUGGUUCGCUGUUCUGAAGAUGUGAUCCACACAUUAGCUGAGAUUCUGCCUCCUGGUUCUGUCCAGACCAGGGAAGAGUGGGUGCAGGCUCUGGACAGACUGAAGGAGAACUUCCACGCUGCUGUAGAGCUCCCUCAUCAGACCCUCCGAGCAGUCUCUGACUUCUACCACUACUACAAAAAAGCCAAUAGUUGGUACAACAUAGUCCUGUGUGAGAACUUUCUCCAAGACCUUCUGUGGGGUGUGAACUACGACUGCCUCCCCAGGCAGCGGCACCCGCUGGAGAUGCAUGGCCCUGUCCCUGUGUGGAGGCAGGCAGUCUGUGACUUCCUGACAAACAACCCCUCCCCGGACAUGGAGGAGCUGGUCCAGCUUGCUCACCUGGCCAACGUCAUCCCUGACGCCCAGCUGCAGCAGACUGGCAAACAGCUAUCACAAAGAUGCUUGAAUCUGUGUAAACUUCUGACCUGUCCAGGUGUAGUACCUAUCAACGACCUCCAGUCUGCGCUGCAGUGGCAGUAUGAGUUUCUGAGAGCCAACCACAGGGAAGGACCUGGGCCACACACUAACCUGGCUGUAGGCAGAGUACCUGAGGCCAGUCUCAACAUUCCAGAUGUGACGUUUAGUCACAGUAGAACCUCUGGUUCCAGAUCCGACUGCCACACUAAGGACAACAUGCACAGUCACGGCUCUCUCUCCAACCUCAAGCACCAUCAGGCCCCUCUGGGUACGUCUCCCUCCAGUGCCGUCUCUGGGGCUGUGUCUGCUGUGGGGAAGCCUCCCUCCCUCAGCUCCUUUGACUCUGGCUUUGAUGGAGCAGGAAGCGGCCACAUGGAGACUGGCGCUGGGCGAGAGGGAUGGGAGGGGCUGUCCAGGGUACCAGGCACCAGGGACUCCUUCAGGCCCAUCACCAGGCAGCCCCAGAUCCACGAGGAGAACAUCUCCAGCGUGUCUGACUCUGAGGACCGCAGGGAGGAGUUUGACUUUGAAUCUGUGGGCAGCACCACAAGGGCCAGCAUUCAGAUCAUCCCAAAGAUAACUGUGGACUCGAUGCAUUUUGAGAUCAAGCUGAAGCGUUCGGCUACCCUGCCCCAUAAUCCAUGGCUCAGUCUGCCUGUGGAAGACCUUGAGAACUCCUACACGGUCACCAUCACUCAGAACCCAUCACAGUCACCACAGCUGCGGGACGUCAAGAGCCCCAACCCUUCAGAGUGCUCCCACCACAGCGACCAAUUAUCCAACUGGUCCAGAGACCAGCCCACACAGACGGAGGUACAAGCCAAGCCUCAGAGCAGAGGGGCACAGCCCUGCGACAGUAUCCUACAGGCACAGGACAGCUUUGAUGACUCGGAACUGAGUGCCAUUCGGGAUCCCCUUUCCAGCACCAUCACAGAUGCAAGAGAUGGGCCGAACUACACUGCAGAGAGCAGCCCCACUCUUCUCUGGGAUACGUAUGACUUUCACAACCCCAAACAGGACAGCUGUGAAAGGAUAACCAGCUCCAUGACUGAAGUCUCGUUAAAUGACUGGGACCUGAAGGAGCAGGAGGGUCUCAGGAAGGUAGAAGAGAUCUUGGACCGGGCAGCUGGAAUACUAGAGGAGGAAGAGAAUGUGAUGGUACAGGAGCAGAUGUUGGCUGUCCUUCUGAAGACUGAGAGCACGAGCAAACCGUGGGAAUCAUGGGGCAGUGAGGCGCAGGUAUGUGUGAUGACCUCCAGUGACCUUAAGGCACAUGGUGUCCUGGGCCUUGAUGACAGUCUUGCCUCUGCAGACACUGACAACCAGAGUGAAUGCAGGUCACCAGAGGCAACCAGUGAAACUGUGGCCUCAGAACACAGCAUGGGCCACAAUGGAUGGCUGACGGAGACUGGGUUGACUGGUCUGAUGUGCCCUCAAAGCAGCAGGGGAGAGUUGCUGAAGGAGCUGAGAGGACUGCAUGUUCUGGAUGAGCUCAUCAUGGAGGAGAACCUGAAGAUCCACCAGCUUCGACGGGCUGAGAAGCAGUGCCCUGAUGAAAAGCCCACUCAAUCAGCGGUUUCCCGAAGUACGAGCAAGGAGAGGCAGGAGUUCCUAUUAGAACUAGAGAGGGAGAAAAGGGAAGUGGAGGGGAUGGAAAAUAGCCUAGACAAAGAGAUGACCAAAGAAUGUCAACUCAAGAGGAUGAGCAGAACCAGGAAAGUAGUGAAAUGCUCAGUAAUGGAAAGGACUUCUAAACUUAAAAACUUGGAGGACCGUGCACUCUGUGAUAAUCUUAUAUCACACAAUAGGAGCCAACACCACAACGUAAAGCACUUGCCCUCCUUACCCCAAGACUCCAUAAACCUGGAUCCUAAUGAAUCCCUCAGUAUUACUGCAACCCCAUGUCCAGAUUAUGCCAAAACCCCUGAAUCACAAACAUGUGUUCAAAGUGUAAAUGGUCAGUCCCCACAUGAUGACGCUAAUAUAUCCAGCUGUGGUGAUGCCGUGGUAGAAGUUGACACCCCCAGCUACUGUGAUCUUACUGAGCAUAAUUCACCACAAGUUUUAAUUCUACCACAAAUCACUUCUGAUCCCAAUGAAUCUAUUGAAAAGGUUGGAAUCCAAAGCCAUGAGGGUACAGAGAAGAAAGAUUUAAGAUCUGGGGAAGCUUUUCAAAGUUGCACACCAGAAACGACCUCCUUUAUACAUGAAAUGUGCCCUGAACAUGGAGCAUUUGACCCAGGUGCUAAUGCCAACAACCCCCCUGUGCCUAAACCAAGAAAGGCAUCUGUUCCUGUGAAUGAUAAAGGUCAAGAACUCAAAAUUCCAACCAAACCCAUGUAUAGAACUCUCUGCUCUGAUAGUGAUUCAGACCCUAACCCUAGGCUCACACCGCAAGUUGCGCUCAAUACUCAACCGAAGCCUAAAGAGCGAAACCUCAAACCUACAAACAGUUCUCCUAGUUCUGUUCUGAGUCAAGAUGUGAAUGAACACAGAAGUGACAACAAUGACAAACCCUUAUCCGCUCAACAGGCGUCCUUAUGUAAUAACCCUUUGGAGUUCCAUGAACAGUCAACGCUAGGCGGCUGCUCUGUGGGAUCAACAUUAACGCUUGUUGGCUCUGACUGUGUUCAGAUAGAAAUCCACUGCUCCCAGAAAUCUGAGGAUGUGUUAACACAUUUGGGGUCCAAUUCUGAAGAGCUGUCUCGUAUGUCUGCUGAAGUAACGUCUGGAUCAUGUGAACCAAGCGGAGCUGAUGAGUGGAGAGAAGUAGAGGUCCCUGAUGGGUUCCAGAGGUGUGGUACUGCCAGGAGAUCACCUGUCAAUCAACCCAAUCACCACAUCCCCACCAGAGACAUGACCAAUUUCAAGACCCCUAUUGUGCUGGACACAGGGUCUGGUUUGAUGAAAGCAGGGUUUGCAGAUCAGGACCUCCCAAAUACUAUAUUCCCAAAUAUCAUUGGGCUGCCAAAAUACGAGGAAAUAAUGAAUGGCUACUUGGAACGGGAGACCUAUAUUGGACAUGAGGCUCAACAUAUGAGAGGAGUCCUGGCACUGAAGUAUCCCAUGAAGAACGGAAUUAUACGCAACUGGGAUGAAAUGGAAAAGAUUUGGCACCACACAUUCCAGCAGUUGCAUGUGGAACCAGACGAUCACCCUGUCCUACUGACCGAGGCAGCCAUGAACCCACUGGCGAACCGUCAGCGCAUGGUGGAACUCAUGUUUGAGUGCUUCAAUGUUCCACUCACCUACGUGGCCAUGCAGGCAGUGCUGGCACUUUACGCAGCAGGGAGAACCACAGGUGUAGUGUUUGACUCUGGGGAUGGAGUGAGCCAUAGUGUGCCAGUGUUUGAGGGAUACUGUCUACCACACGCAGUGCAGCGCUGCACCUUGGCUGGCCAUGAUGUUACAAUGCACCUUAAAAAGCUUCUGCAAGAGCAGGGGUUCUGCAUGCGCACUUCUGCCGAGAUGGAGAUUGUGAGGGAGAUGAAGGAGAAAUGCUGCCGGGUGUCCCAAGACUAUGAAUCUGAGCUAACCUGUGGAGGGUCGGCCAGCAGUGAGAUGUAUUACACUAUGCCUGAUGGACAGGUCGUCCACCUCAGCACAGAGCGGUUCAGGGCUCCUGAGAUUCUGUUUAAGCCAGAGCUGAUUGGACGAGACCAUUACGGGAUGCAUGAGAGUAUUUUCAAGUCUAUCCUUAGUUCAGACAUUGACCUCCGGCGGAGUUUUUUGGGGAACAUUGUCCUAUCAGGUGGAAAUACCCUGUUGGCUGGCUUGCCUGAGCGGCUUCAGAGUGAAAUUAGAACCAUGGUGCCUACAGACUUGGGGGAGUGUGUGCGGGUGACCAGCCCUAAGGACAGAGAUUUCUCUGUAUGGAGCGGAGGUGCAGUGCUGGCCAACUUGUCUUCCUUUGCCUCGGCCUGGAUCAGCCAAGAGGAAUACGAGGAAUAUGGUCCCCAGAUUGUUUUCAGGAAGUGCUUCUGAGCUGGACUUGCCUGAAAUGUACACGUGCAAUAGAGUAUAGCUCUCCAAUAGUGCCUAGUUUCUAUGUCUGCUUUUUAAACCUUUUUUUAAAAUCAUUUUCAAUGGUGUUGUCUAUGUACUAUGUCUUUCAUUACUGAUGUUCAGCACUGACACUUCCAACGAUCUGGCACUUUGAGUGUGAUAUAAAAUGUUUCUACUGUUGUCGGAUCAGACAAUACUUGGGAAUGUUCAGUUUUAUGCUUACUGUGGCAGAAAUCCUGUCAAAGGAAGAUGAACUUACUUGCUAGCUAUAGUGCUUGUCAGGAAUCCCCUGAUCAGGAUCUGGCCUUAUGUAAAGAAAGGUGACUGAUUCUCCUCUGAAUGACUCCUAAAAAAGAGUAACUGGGAUGGGUGUGCCUCUUGAAAUAUUAGGUUGUUUUUCUACCCUUUUCUCUUUUUUGGGGGGGGGGGGAGAAUAUGACAAAAGGCACUUGAACCAGGUAUUUUGGUGAUGGUCGGGAAAUCUAUCUGUUUUAUUUAAGGGCCCAUUUUGAGCAGUCUUCUCAGUUUCUGAGGAGCAACUAGGACAAUGCCACGGUUCUGGCAAGGUCAAUGACCAGAACUGUACGUAGUGCCCCAAAUUUGAAUAUAUUUUGUCGGUUCAUUUUCCUAUUUUAAGAUGAGCUUUCUAAAGUUAAUCUUGAAAUUGUCUGUAAAUAUUUCUGUUUUUAAAUUGGCUUUCUAAAGUUGUCUUGAAAUAACUUAAUCUAAAAUGUCCAUGUUAUAUUUUCUGUGUCCACUUGGUGAGAUACUGUAGUUUUCCCUCUAAGACUUGUAGCUAAAUCAAUGCAGGUGAAGAGUUGAUGCCACCAUGCCUGAAUGGUAGACUGACUGUUCAUUUUACUUAUCCAUUUGAGUUUUCAUUCUAAUGUCUUGAGUCUGCACUUAGUGUUGAUUAGGGUACGUUUCAUGUCCCAAAUAUAAGGCCUAUAUUGCGCAAGUCCUGAAUUGUGUCAUUCAGCUGUAUACAAUCACUGUUUAUUGUGCAUUGAUCCUUAACAUACAUUUUUGUUUGAUUGGGCCCUUGAUUCAAUGUACUAAUCUCUAUUCUUGACUGGUAUGAUUUGUUGGUUCACAUUGUAUUGGACUUUACAUGUUUGUUCACAAUAUAUUGACUUUUUUUUACUUAUGAAUAUUGAGUGAUCUUUCAACUUUAAUGAGUGGGUCAUAUCUGACUUAAAUGCAUGGUUUUUCUAUUAUAAGUAUUUUGACAACAAAUGCCUGAACUUGAUGAGAAUGUUGAAUUUUGUUUCAUUGAGGCUACCUGAUAGCCAUGUUGGCUAUGCCCUUAACAUUUGAUUGUUUUCUUUGACUUCCUAUGGACUAUUCCUAUGGAUACUAUGGACAAGCAAUUGGCCUUAUCAGUUUAAAUAACUAGUAUUUUGAUCAACCCCACUGUAUUUACAGUAGACUUACUAGUAUCUAGUGUGAUUCACUUAUUACAUAGCCGCUCUUUGAUUUUGUCACGAUUUUUGCUUGUUCUCUUCAAUGUGUUUUAAGAACUGCUAUGUUUUUCUACUCUAAAGAAGUGGGGUUGCCAUGUGAUCUUAAUCGCAGGUCUUUUUAAAUGGAGGUCUGGAGCGUUCCCUGUGGGAAAUGGAAAGGCCUUAUGAGGGCUGAAAUAUGAAGACUGAUGAAUAGUCGUCUCAUUUAUGUUAGUUCUUGGUGGUCAGAGGUUGAAUUGAAGUCCCAGCCUCUCGGUUUUGAUUGUAUAUUCCAUGCUCGAGUCUUGCUAUGAUUUACUUAAACCAAGUUGUAUGUCAGGUCUGUUUUUUAGAAUAAAUAUUUUUAUGUAUC